AUGCGGGGAAACGAUGUCACUACGGCCCUCUUGGUUGUGGCGGGAUGCGUCGCCGAGGCCUGGGCCUCAAGCGAGGUUGUUGAUCCGACGGCCCACAUGAUGCGGGGCUUGCUCACCACCGGCGCCACCACCAGCAGCAGCGUCUGCGCGGCGGAAGCAGCGACCUGCAUCGCAGACGACGCGUGCACCGAGUGCCACAACGCGUACCUGGCUGCUUUUGAUGUGUGCGCGGGCUCGUCAACGAGCUCCAGCAGCCCCACGUGCGAAGAGUUCGUCGCGGUCGUGUGCUGCGCGAUCGAACAAGCCUGCAGCGACAACGCCGAACACAUGGAAAUUUUGGACUGCGCAUAUGGGUACAUAUUUGGCUAUGAUACGGGGUGCGACCUGGCCGAUUGCUCGGAGGACGGCAGCAGGGCCAUUUCCGGGUCCGACACCCCCACCGAAUCCACAUCCACCAUCGAUACUACCACCCCCGGCUUCAUGGGCGGCUCCGACACCACCACCGACUCCACAUCCACAACCGACACUAGUGCCCACAGAGUCAGUGGCGGCUCCGACAGCUCCUACGAACACACGUUCACAACCUACACUACCCCCGGGUUCUUUUCCGACUCCGGCACCACCACCUCUACGACGUCGACGUGGUGCCCCAACGAGUAUUUGGCUUGUGUAGGGGAUUCGGCGUGCGCAGAAUGCUAUCAGUCGUUCUGGGACUCCUGGCUGACAUGCGAUGCUUCGGUGAUCAGUGUCGCCUCCUCUAACGGCUGCGACGUACUCGAGGAUAUCGCGUGCUGUGCGGUCGACGGCUGCCAGGGCAACGAACUGAUGGUGGCGUAUUUCGACUGCGCGUUCGCAGCAGACUCGGAAUGUGCUGUGGAAGUUGGGGCUUGUGCGGAGGACGGCAACAGGGCCAUUUCCGGGUCCGACACCUCCACCGAAUCCACAUCCACAACCGACACUAGUGCCCCCGGAGUCAGUGGCGGCUCCGACAGCUCCUACACCGAACACACGUUCACAACCUACACUACCCCCGGGUUCUUUUCCGACUCCGGCACUACCACCUCUACGACGUCGACGUGGUGCCCCAACGAGUAUUUGGCCUGUGUAGAGGAUUCGGCAUGCGCAGAUUGCUAUCAGUCGUUCUGGGACUCCUGGCUGACAUGCGAUACUUCGGUGAUCAGUGUCGCCUCCUCUAACGGCUGCGACGUACUCGAGGAUAUCGCGUGCUGUGCGGUCGACGGCUGCCAGGGCAACGAACUGAUGGUGGCGUAUUUCGACUGCGCGUUCGCAGCAGACUCGGAAUGUGCUGUGGAAGUUGGGGCUUGUGCGGAGGACGGCAGCAGGGCCAUUUCCGGGUCCGACACCUCCACCGACUCCAUAUCCACAACCGACACCACCACCACGGGCAACAGUUCCGUCGUCUUCCCGACGACAACGACAACCAGCGCAUUCUCCUCCGACUCCGUCUCCAUGACAAAUGACACCGCGAUAUGCGUCGCUGAGAACGACGCCUGCACGGCGGAUCCGACCUGCCUCGCGUGCGCGGGAGCGAUUCUGUCCUCGCAGGAAGUUUGUCAGGGCUCGGACUUCGACUCGGAGACCGCCACGUGCGACGAGAAGCAGGAGGCCAACUGCUGCGCGCUUGAAGGAGGAACCGACUGCGAGAACAACGUCCUGCUAGGCGCUCUGUACGAUUGCUCGAUGGCAGCCGAGGGUUGCACGGGAGCCCUCACCGACUGCCUCGACGGGUCCCGAAGUGCCUCCACCGGAAGCGAAAUUUCUGUCGGCGACGACGACGGUAGCGGCGGCGGCGGCGGUGGUUCCACAGGUGGCGGCGACCCAUCCCCUGCUCCGGUCGAAGGCAAUAACAGCGAGAUCGACGACGACGAGGGCACAAGCGAGGUAGACCCUGUCCCCGUCGAAGGCGACGACGACCAGGAAGGGAACUCUGCUGGAGACGCGGACGCAGCGGACCCCGAUGCGUCCUCCGCUUCCCCUUCCGCCACGGCGGUGGGAGGCUCCACGGCGGCGACCGGGGCGACUCUUUUGCUGGUCGCUGCUGCCGGUGCACCCGGCUUGUGGCGCCGCUUCCAGUAA